UGGCUAAGGGGGAUCAGUGCAGCACUCGUAUCCAGCAUGAAGCUUUAUCUUCCUUCAGCCUGUCAGCUUGCCUUCCUGAGCCUCUGCUGUGUACUGAUCACAGUGAGAGAGUCAGACAGCACGUAUGUCCCGGGCAGAUGUAUGUGUCCGCAGGCCCAACCAGGUGUCAGAGGGAAACUGAAAGAACUCACAGUUUACGAGAAAAGCCCCAGCUGCGACAAAGUCACAGUAAUAGUGGUCGUGAAGAGUAACAAUCGAGCAGUGUGUUUGAGUCCAGUAUCACCGAUGGGCAAACAGCUGAUUCGCUGCUGGAAUAGGAGUCAUAAGCUGGGUCGUGAUGUGAGGCUGUGCCUGAAGAGGAGGAGGAGGAGGGGGGGGAGAGGAGGUCAGCCACAGCGACAGAGGAGAAGCACCCAGAGCAGGAACGCCUCAUCCUCAAUCCCCCGAUAGUCAAUCAGCCUUACAAGUUGUCCAAAGUUACUGAGCGGAAA